AUGCUUCCACCCAAGUCCGGAGCCCUUUUGGCCCUAGCGGCAGCCAUAGCCCACGCCACUGCCGCUCCCUCCUCCUCCAACCAUGACAGUCCCUUAGCCUCACGCCAGGCCACCAGCACCAUAACCGUCGACCUCACCAAGAUCUACCAGACCAUGGACGGCUUCGGCUUCAGCCUCGCCUUCCAACGAGCCAACCUAAUCACCAACAUCGGGAGCUUUUGGGACUUGCUCUUCAACCGGACCACCGGCGCGGGGUUUUCCAUCAUCCGCAAUGGUAUCGGGAGUAGCCCGGAUAGUCGUGACGACCACAUGAACACAAUCGCGCCGAAUCAUCCCGGCGGGCCAAAGGUCGAGCCACAGUACGUGUGGGAUGGGAAGGAUAGUGGGCAGUUGUGGGUGACGCAGAGGGGGGUGGCUGACUAUGGGUUGCAGAAUGUUUAUGCUGACGCCUGGUCCGCCCCCGGCUACAUGAAAACCAACAACAACGAAAACAACGGCGGCACCCUCUGCGGCGUCCCCGGCGCCACCUGCUCCUCCGGCGACUGGCGCCAAGCCUACGCCGACUACCUCAUCGCCUACAUCCGCUUCUACCUGCGCUCCGGCGUCGCCAUCUCGCACCUGGGCUUCCUCAACGAGCCCGAGUUCAGCGCCUCGUACGCCAGCAUGCGGUCCACGGGCGCCCAGGCCGCCGACUUUAUCAAGAAUUUCUUGUAUCCGACCUUGGUAGCACAAAACCUGGCCGAGCAGGUCGGGAUUGUUUGCUGUGAUAGCGAGGGGUGGGGGAACCAGGUGCAGAUGACGAAUGCGAUCAAGAGCGCUGGAGCUGAGGGGAUGUUGAAGGCUGUUUCGAGUCAUACGUAUACGGGCGGACCGUCGGGGCCGAUGAGUACGCGGGCGAGAGUGUGGUUGAGUGAGCAGUGCGAUUUGAAUGGCGGGUGGGAUACGAAGUGGUAUGGCAAUGGGGGCGCGGGGGAGGGGUUAACGUGGGCGAAUAAUGUUUAUUCGGCGGUGGUGAAUAAUAAUAUCUCGGGAUAUGUGUACUGGGAAGGAGUCCAAUGGCCCUCCCCCAACACCAACGAAAAGCUCAUCCGCGUCGACAACUCCACAAACACCUACGUCAUUUCCAAGCGUCUCUGGGCGCUAGCCAACUGGUCUCGUUACGUCCGCCCCGGCGCCGUCCGCGUCAGCACGGCCGGGCGCCCAGCGGAUGGUAGUAUCGCCGUCAUUGCUAUCAGCUCGUCCGGGUCGGCUAUCAAUGUUAAUGUCAAGAUCACCGGGGCAAGCGAGCUGGGGACGGCGACAGUGGAGGCGUAUGUGUCGGAUAAUAACAGGAACUGUGAAAAAGUUGCCGGAGCGGCGAGUAUCAGUGCGGAUGGGACGAUUACGGGGACGGUGGCGAGUAGGUCGGUGACGACGUUUUUUGUGCCGGGGCAGUGGACGUCUUAA